CUCAGUGGCGCUGACCAAAAUUGUCGUGAAGGUCGGAGGUCAAUGACAAACGUGCCCAUCAUGGCGCUGUUUCUGCUGAAACUCCGAACUCCGCUGUCCGUUCUGCGGUUUAUAGACAGAUACAGGGGCGGCAGACUGGAGCGGCUAGCUCUCUGGGCCAAGAGCCUCCUGAGUGACUACGGUGAUGUGGCUGUGGAGGCAGCGAAGGACAUGAGGAAACACCCCGUCCGCUCCACAUUCCUUCUGGCGGGGAUCACGGGCACCGUGUACGCGUACAAGACCAACCCGUCAUACCAGUCCUUCCAGCAGGCUCUCCUACACUCCUCCAAUGACCUUCUCCAGCUCAGUAACGCUAUUAGGAACCCAACAUCUGACCGCCAUGUACAGACUCUCAUAGGCCAUAUGAACGAUGGAACGCUACGAUACACGACACUGGGAGUGGUUUCCAUAGUGUGGACGGCAGACUAUGAAAAGGACUGUAAUGUGUACGCUGCUCAGUGCAAAUACCUGAAACCACAGUGGCUGUCCUUCCAUGAAAGAGUUGUUGAUGUAGGCUUUUGUGGCCGCUGGCUCGUGUUGGACCAGAAAAUGGCAGACUUUGACGUUAACUCUGAGGAGUUUAGUCUGUAGAAAUGAAGAGUUGAGUACCUGGUUGUUACAUGGCAUAAGUAUGAUGUGCUGACUACAUUGUAUUUUCAUCUAGUUUGGCCAUGGUAGGAGAAAAGAUGCAAUUCUAGGCCAUUGAGAUUGACUUGAAAUGUUUAAUGACUGAUGGUGUAAUAAAGUUUCUUCAUGGCAAGCUAAGAUGCUUACCGGUAUGUGAACUUCUGUUUAACCUACACAUUCUUUGAAAUUAGAUACACUUUUGUGUGUUCAGAAACCUUGCAGAGAUUUGACAUAUGGGUUAGAUAUAAUUAUACCAGGAAUACUAACCUUGCAGAGUACAAAGUUAAAAAUUCUGUUCCAACAUAAAGAAUUGUUCUCACACGUAGAGCUUCCAACCAGUCAAUCUGGUCUUCUUCGAUAGAUUGACCCCGGUGACCCAGUGAGACUUGUCACAUGGCUUUUCUGAACCUUGCAGAGGUGUGUCAUUCUGGUAGAUCUAAUACCUACCUAGGUAACAUGCAAAGAUAACACAAGAACAUCAAGUAUAAGUGGUAAAAGUUUAAUUGAAUAUGUAAAUCAACAGACUGAUGAACAUAUCACCAAAAUCCAUGACUACCCAGUGACUGAUCAGACUGUAGCAUUGCAAUAUUGAAUAACAAGAUGUGUAAAAUCUUUUUUCCCAAAACACCAUGAACUUUGCACUUUUAUACAUUUGCUCUCUUUACUUUGCAAGAAAUGGCAUUGCAGUUAUUAACAUUUCAAACAAGCUGUAGUUUUUUUUAAUUCUUGUAUCCUCUUUAAAGAAAUGACAUAUUGGUGCAUCCAUUGCCUAGUUACAAAGUCAUUCAGUAAAACACAUUUUAGCAGAGUAGUAUGGAAUACAUAACAUCAUUGUUCAGCAGCAGAACUUUCCCAAUAAAAAGUAUUUAAAAUCACUUCCUAUCAGAAAAGAUCACCAUACACUUAGUAAGUAAGUAAGUAAGUGAGGAAUGUUAAAAAUUCAAAACAAAAUUUGUUUUUAAAAUUGUGCCACUGACACAUGGUACACAGUAAUAGGUAGAGAAGUAGAGAUUGCAAAGAGACAUUACGAGAGGUACAACAUACAGUAUGUAAACCAGCCUACAGUACAAGUCAUUAACUAAAACCUUGCUUACCAGCCAUUUGACUAGGUACCAUAUUUAUGCACCAUGCUACAGAGGAACUAGAAUAAAAUCCAUAAAACUGGACAAAUAGCUGCAUUGAAGACACAAUUGGGUCACAAAAAAAUAUACAACUUACAAUAAAAGGAACAUUGUAGUAUAUACACAAUACAUAUCUGCCUUGCCACCCAAUACUUGUUUCUCAAUCACAGUCAUACAUUGUAUGCAUGUAAUGGGUUAGGUAGUGUCUGCUAAUACACUAGCCUUAUAAUGCAACAGUGGAUGACAACGUAGAAUAAAUUCUUCACAAACCUCCAAUGGAUCUUCAUGCAGAGACUGUCGAUACAUACUUAGUACUUCUUCUUCUUUCUUAUCAAAAUCUUGUCUUAAAUAGAAACCAUCAAAAUGAGCACACCUUGGCUCUUCAUCUAACUGUAACACUAUGAAAAGAUUUUGUACAACUUUAAAAGAAAGAUCACAACAUCUACAUACACAGUUUCAUUCACUCAGUGUGGCACCCACCUCCCUCACAUAUCUAUUUAACCUUCCCUCUGUUGUGGGCCCAUCUAUGAUCCCACCAUUGUAUUGUUUACAGCUGAAAACAGCAGGGAGAUGGUUAAGACAAAUCUUGAACACUUUAAAUAUUAAGUUACUUUAUAAUUUGCUUAUCUCGGAAAGGAACUUUCAUCAUCAUCUCUUCAGCAUCUUUCUAAAUAUACAUACUAGGUCCAGAGAAUUCCCAAUAGAUACAUUAGCACAACACAGCAAAACCCAGAGUCUAUUCUAAGAUUGGUAUAACAGGAAUACUUUAUACCCAUAGAAGAUUAUUUCAGGUAAAACAAAUAUUACAUUCACUUUGAAACUCUACACCUACUACUGGUACAUGAAUUUCUCGGUUUCCGAUCACCUUUUUUCAUAUUUACAUCCAGUCUGGCCUAACUAAAUCUUUAAUAUAGUGUAACGGAAUGAUAAGUUAGAUGGGGAGGUAGUCUGGGUUUUAGGUGAAAAUUGCCUUUUUUUCUUUAUUGCAAAAUUGAAAGAACAUGGCCUGGGAGUGGCCUAUUACUGAUGGCACCAGGGGAAUAUGGGUAGGGAAAGUGCCUUCAUUUUAUUUCACCGUAUUUCCUCAAACAACAGCACAAAUACUAAAAUGAUGUUUGGUCACUUUAGAAACUGAUACUAGUCAAUAAUGCUGUUACUGGACCAAAUGUGGCAUAGCCAAUGUACAAAUACAUGUACAAUUUCAUCCUAAAACCACAUUUCUCAUGAUAGAAGCUAUUGGCACAAAGUUUAUUGGCAAGUUGUUUGGGCUUGUGCUUGUGUGGCCUGGAAACAAUAUGUCACACUAUGCUAUUCAGCAAGUAUUGUCAAUAUGAUUAAUACUGCCACAAUAUGUUAACACCAAAAAUUGUUUAUGGAUAGGUUGAUAGAUUGACUGCAACUGUCUUUAUUACAUGUAGUUUGAUGUGAAUCCAGCUUCACUGGUAUUCUGUACCUUCGUUCCUUCUCAGGGCUUGGGUCAAAACACAUUUUUGUUGAGGUGAACAACUAAAACUGGCAAGCAUUCAAAAGAAGGAAGACAAUGAUGUCCUUGACAACAGAUAUUUGACUACUAAAACCCUGUAUUGCAUUUCAGAAAUGUAAACUCUACUAAACAGGGCAGUUGGCAGAUGAGGUAGGUAUAAGGAGGGAUUUUGU